AUGGCAAACCCAAAACGCAGAUUGUUGAAAGGUCCACCCUCCGUUCUCCAAGAUAAUAUAGCUUUGAAUAAACCAACACAACAAUCUCACGCGUAUAGCAGUCCAAAUCAUCCACCUGCUACAUUUGAUUCUAGUAACGCUGUUGAUGGUUUGAAGAGCGAUCUUUCAGCCUUCGGAGGACAAUGUGUCAUAUCUGCUGAUGGGUUCAAUAUUGCCACAUGGUGGGUUAACCUGACUUCCAUCCAUAGUAUCCAUGAUAUUAGGAUAUACUACAGGACGGGCAAUAAAGCAUGGGGUACAUCCAAUGGCUUCACGGAAAGGUUUUUGGGGUUUUUUGUAUAUGUUUCUAACACAACAAACAGAGUUGAUGCUCGUUUAUGUUUUCAUAAUCCAAACUACGUUAAAGCUACGAUACCAGCCUUCAUCUAUAUAAAGUGCGUUGUACAUGGACAAUACGUCAUCUACUAUAAUUAUAGACCACAGCAGACAUCAUAUCCCAGCCAGUUUUCCACAUAUGCAUACAAUGAACUGUGUGAGGUGGAGGUCAAUGGCUGCAAGAAAACAGGAUACUAUGGAUCAAAUUGUUCUCUCCCCUGUCCAGACACAAACUGUCGUUAUUGUCAUAUAGAAACAGGUGCUUGUCAGGGAUGUAAACCUGGAUACAAGGGACAUCAGUGUGAACUGCAAUGUGGUAAUAAGACAUAUGGUGAUGGUUGUGAGGAGAUCUGUGGAGCUUGUAAAGAUCACAAACAAUGCCAACACAUCAAUGGGUCAUGUUUGCACGGCUGUGAAGCUGGGUAUAAGGGAGAACUUUGUAACACUGGUUGUUCGAGUGGAGACUUUGGAAGAAACUGUAAAGAAAAGUGUAGUGAAAACUGCGGUGCGCCUUACAAAUGUAGCAGAGAGAAAGGGGAAUGUGAGGGUGGAUGUCAACCUGGUUGGGAAGGACUUCAAUGCAAAAAUAGUAAUAACUUUUGCCUAAGCAGUUUCCCUGAACUAAAACACUCUAAAGCUUAA